AUGUCCAACCCCUUCGACAUCAAUGGCGGUGCAUGUGUCGCCAUGGUGGGCAAGGACUGCGUCGCCAUCGCCUGUGACCUUCGCCUGGGCAUGCAGUCCCUGACCAUCUCCAACAACUUCCCCAAGAUCUUCAACUACGCUCCAUCCACCUAUCUCGGCCUGACUGGCCUCGCUACCGAUGUCAACACUGUCUCCGAUCUCUUCCGUUACAAGGUCAACAUGUACCGGCUGCGCGAGGAGCGCGAUAUCGCACCGCAGACCCUCGCCAACCUAGUGAGCUCAUCGCUGUAUGAGAAGCGCUUCGGUCCUUACUUUGUCAGCCCUGUGCUGGCUGGUAUCAACCCAACAACGGGGAAGCCGUUCAUCUGCGGCUUUGACAGCAUUGGCUGUAUCGAUUUUGCCAAGGACUUCAUUGUCAGCGGAACAGCAAGCGACCAGCUCUUCGGUACUUGCGAGGGUCUGUGGGAGCCUGACCUGGACCUCUUCGAGACAAUCUCACAAGCACUGCUUAGCGCCGUGGACCGAGAUGCUCUUUCCGGUUGGGGUGCCCAGGUUUACAUUAUAGAGAAGGACAAGGUUACCCAGCGGUUAUUGAAGGGACGACAGGAUUAG